AUGCGCGUUUGGAUAGAAUUGCGCUGGCCCAUAGGCCCCUUCGACGCGAAAUGUGCCGCGGACGCUGAGGAUGACUGUAACGUCUUCACGUCCCCGAAUAUGAACUGGGUGCCGGAGUUUCCGCGCAUAUCAGGUCAGGAGAUCGUCACUCGUGAGGAUGGGCUCUGGGGCCCCCAAGAGUACACGCGUUGGCCUCAGGUAUACAACAACCGGUGUAUCCACCACGCCUGCAUUCCGACUGAACAGUCUCCGUACGCGCCGGGGUACCAGGUCUACGAGGGCCUCGGUUUCGACCCAUGGGACCAGUCCAAGGGCUGUGGGGUAGCAGAUUUUGGGCAGCUUCGUUCCCCUGUAAUGACGGAGCUGGCUGAGAUGGCCGUGCGAGUACUCGCGGGUUACGAUAAGGCCGAGGCUGCAGCACGCAAACGCAAUGAAAAGGCGUUUUACUCGGAUGCAGGAGUCGACCGUCGCCUGGGAGGGACCCUAGGCAUCCUCUUGAGGAAUGCUGUGGAUCGUUUGAUGGCUCUGCCGUGUACGAAACAACACGCGAUGGUAACUGCUCGAAUGGCGCAUCGCCUCAUGCUCGAGCUCGCCGGACUGACAGUAUACUACGAGGUCGUUAGUGUCCGGUUCAGUUCGAACCACACCACCCCUGCUCCUCUGCUCAACGUCCUUGGGGCCUUCGUACGGAACGAUGCCGCCGCCCAAUUGUUCCACCGUUUGGGCCUUCCGUGUUGGCACAUCCGCCCUUGGUCCACCCACAUCAAGAUACACAAGAUAGUUCGGCCGCGUCGCUGGGAUUCUAUCCUCAGCCAUGUACCGGCCUCCCCCCGCAUUCCUAAAUCAUGGUAUGAUCCCGAUGGUACACAUCAGGACCCCGCGGGCUGGACCCAUUCGUCAGUAAUCUUCGUCAGCAACAUGCUGGCAUCUUCCGCACUCCCUCGACUUCAGGUUGCGCAGCCACCCGCUCAUAAGUCUAGCAAGAGAGGAACACGCUCGCAAGGUCGCAAGAGUGGCACGAAAGCCUCCAACUCGGGCCCCCAUCCAGCCACCGAACUCCAGCUUCCACCUCCUGAUCUUGUGCGUGUUUCUCCCAACUGGGUUGCUGCGCUCUCGCAGGCCUCUCCGCUGCUGUUCCCACCUCCCGUCGCCUCUGAGUACUACUUUCCCCCACCUUUCGUCAUCCUCAAUUCCAAGACCAAACAAUCGCGGUACAUCCACAAUUAUGCACGCGUGCGUCAGUUCUGCCAGGCGCGGCUCGUCGACUCCUCCAUCAAUGGCACGCCGCUGCGUGUUGCUGAUUGGCGCCACGUACUAUAUGGCGACUAUCGUCUUGAUGAGCCAAGCGACGCGAUCCGGGGCUCAAUCGCUCGAGCAUCAGAGGGUGAUACCCUAUCGCAGGCUCAAACACACAGUUACCUCUAUGAACGUACACAGGCGGUUCGACGGCUCUUCGCCAAAGGUGGUGGGCUCACAUCCUACAACGAAAGCGAUGUCUCGUUGUACCGCGGCUUUGAAGUCAACCUGGACCUCGCCAAAAAUCCUGGACACCUCCUUGCACUCAUGAUAUGGGAGCUAUACGAAACGAAUUGGCGUUGUGAACUGCGCGCGCUCGACACGCGACUGGCUGGACGAUCCGAUGACGCCUUCCGCCAUUGGGAGCGCGAGCAACGCAUCGCUCAAGUGUGGCUCUCCAAAGAGUAUGAAUCCGGUUUCUCCGUCGUCGACGUAUCUACACCGUCCUUCUGUUGGACCCCCGCCGGCGAGGAUGGUUGGGAGAAGCGCCGCGGGAAUCUGCAAGCUCUCCUCUCUGUGAUGUGUUCUUGGCCCAAUGUUCCUGAAACAGUACGAUCCAAUGCGUCGACGAUCGGCGGCUGUGAUGACGUUGAGCUAUUCAAGUCCGUGGACGCCUGUGCCCUCAAAUACUAUGUAAAUACGUUUGCGACGCAGUUCCAUCGUCUUCCUUGCCCUCCUGUUCUCCUUCUUCAGCAUCCACGUGUGGCACAGACUGCCCAUCCUGUGUAG